UUUUUUUUUUUCUAUUUUCAAGAGGCAGAAGAUAUACCGUCAAGUCCUAGAAGGAGUCUACCACUUUCUUCUCCACCCUGAAGAGACUUGGAAAUUAAUGGGUAACAUUUUGCUUGAAAAUUACUGAAUGCUUUUCCUUCUUAUCUCGGAGGCCUUCUGCGGAGAAUUAAUAGGAGGUUGAAUGCGCGCAUGGAUAAAAUGGAUCAUCUUAAAGGAUUGAAGUUCCAAAAAUAUAUCAGCAGGACUGGACAGGUUUGACAUAAUGAGAUUUCUAUUUUAGCUUGACUUCUGGAACACUGAAUAAACUAUAAACCGAGCCGCACAGGUCCUGGGAAGGAAGUUUCUCUUCCAAAAUAUUCUAGCUGUGUGUAACAUUUUUCUUACUCAGAACCUUUGAAAAUAUAUUUACUUAUCAAUUUUUAGAAAUUUAAAGAAACAGCCACCAGAAAGACAAGCAAUCUCUACAUAAGCACUGGUGGAGAUGGCAGAAGCUUCCGAGGAUGCCUCAGCUCUGCCCGUAACAGUGAAGAAAAAGAAAAGUUUAUCCAUUGAAGAAAAGAUCGACAUCAUAAAUGCAGUAGAAAGCGGCAAGAAAAAGGCAGAAAUUGCAGCUGAAUAUGGAAUAAAGAAAAAUUCGUUGUCUUCUAUUAUGAAGAAUAAAGACAAAGUUCUAGAAGCCUUUGAAUCUCUGAGAUUUGAUCCAAAGAGAAAAAGACUGAGAACUGCUUUUUACACAGAUCUGGAAGAAGCAUUAAUGAGGUGGUAUCGAAUUGCUCAGUGUCUAAAUGUACCAGUUAAUGGUCCAAUGUUGCGUCUAAAAGCUAAUGAUUUUGCCCAGAAACUGGGACAUAAUGAUUUUAAGUGCAGUAAUGGUUGGCUGGAUCGCUUUAAAUCCAGGUAUGGUUUAGUAUUCAGAGCUCAACCUGUAGAAGCUACAGGUGUAUCAGUAGACCCUUCAACUGUCUGGCACCAAAAUGUACUUCCUUAUUAUUUAAAUGAUUAUCAUCCUAAAAAUGUUUUUAAUAUAAAAGAGACUGGGCUGCUGUAUCGAAUGUUACCUACAAAUACGUUUGCAUUUAAAGGAGAAACAUGCUCAAUCGGAAAGUUAUGCAAAGACAGAAUAACUCUGGUGGUUGGGGCGAACAUGGAUGGCUCAGAGAAACUUCCUUUGCUUAUCAUUGGAAAAAACAGAAAUCCACAUUGUUUCAAAGGUAUAAAAUCAUUGCCUGUGUGUUAUGAAGCUAACAGAAUGGCAUGGAUGACCUCAGAUGUAUUUGAACAAUGGAUGCGGAAGCUCGAUGAGAAAUUUCAAGUCCAGCAACGAAGAGUGGUGAUUUUUGUUGAUUCUUUUCCUUCACAUCCAGAGGUAAAGAACCUAAAGUCCAUUGAGUUAGCGUUCUUUCCAUCAUGUUUAUCUUCCAAAUUUAUAGCUAUGAAACAAGGUGUUAUUAAAAACCUUAAAGUCAAAUAUCGACAUUGUCUUAUCAAGAAAUUUUUAAGCUCUGUUGAAGGCAGCAAAGAAUUUACAUUUUCUCUACUCGAUGCAGUUGAUACUUUGCACCUUUGUUGGAGGGCUGUAACCCCAGAGACUAUUGUUAAGAGUUAUGAAGAGGCAGGAUUCAAAUCUCAAAAAGGAGAAAGUGACAAGACAAAUGCAGAGACAGACACUGGUCUUGAUUUGGUUGCCCAUGCUCAGGCAGCAGGCGUGGAAUUUCCUGAAGGUUUAUCUAUAGAAGAGUAUGCUGCCCUCGAUGAUGAUUUGGAGACAUGUGAAGCUGCACCAGAAAGUGAUUCGGUAUGGACCAAAGAAAGUAAAUCAGAUGAAACUGAAUUUUAUACUUCUGACGAAGAGGAUGAUGAUGGAUCUCUAGGAACUGAACUCCCUUUGCCAUCAAAAAAUGAGGCAAUAACUGCUUUAGAUACUCUUAAAAAUUUUCUUAGAAGUCAAGAUAUGAAUGAUGAGCUUCAUAAUUCUUUAGCAGACCUUGAAAUUUUUAUUAACUCAUCAUCUAAAUAAUUAUUUGUGGUACAACAUCUGAAGAGUAAUAGCUUUUCCUGAUGUAUUUUACCAUAUGAGGUAUAUAAAGGGAAAAUAUCACUUAAACAUAAAAAAAAAA